CAUCUGUUGACGUUGGGAUCACAUCGGAAUCUAAUCCAAAUCCAUUCGUCGGGCAACUGAAUGAAGGAACAGCAAACAGUGCAAACGAUACCCAACUUCAAGAGGAAAUCUCGCAAUUGCGAAAGGAAAAUUUGAAAUUAAGGAAUCUGAAUAUGAAGCUACAGGAAGCAUUGAUGGAGAAACCGGGGGGAGAUGUUUUCAGAGAGCUUCCAGGUUACCCGGACAAAGCAUGGUUACUGAAAGUAUCUCAGGCGGCCGAUGAAUCGGACUACAAGUUCGUUAAGGAGCUGGUGCUCCAUCUAUGGCCUGAAGGAAUAGGAAAUGCAACUGGUUCAGGUAGAAGAUCCAACAACCCAAGCGGUAAAAGAAAGGCAACAUCGAUGGAAGAACCUGCUCAGCUCGAAGUAUCGAAUCCUCCGGAUAAAUUAGACCCGGAAAAAGUUGAAUACAUCAAGGAUCGACUUUUCGAACGCAGGAUCUUAUUGAAUGAUCCUCGAGGCACCGCAUUAAAAAUUGCGAGAAAGGUUCCAAAAUUCAUUGCAAUCGUCGUCGCCAACAACCCAACUCUCCGAUCAGGAUCCUAAGUGUUUUCAUAUAUAUAGCAUUGUAUUGUAUUUAAGAAUAUAAUACUUAUACUGUUACUCUUCCGAUUUUUCAGAUUGAUAGAAUGAAAUCGAUAUCAAUCAACAGAGGCGCAAAG